AUGGCAGGGAUCCUCGCCUGGUUCUGGAACGAGCGGUUCUGGCUGCCGCACAAUGUCACCUGGGCGGACCUGCAGAGCACGGAGGAGGCCACCUUCCCGCAGGCGGAGGACCUCUACCUCGCCUGCCCGCUCGCCUUCUGCAUCUUCAUGAUCCGCCUGCUCUUCGAGAGGUUCAUUGCUAAACCAUGUGCCUUAGGCCUUAAAGUCCAAGCCAAUGGACCACAGAAAGCUCAGCCCAAUGCUAUUCUGGAGAAAGUUUUCACAGCCAUUACAAAGCAUCCAGAUGAGAAGAGGCUGGAAGGUCUCUCCAAGCAGCUGGACUGGGAUGUACGCAGUAUUCAGCGCUGGUUUCGGCAAAGACGCAACCAGGAAAAGCCCAGUACCCUUACGAAGUUCUGUGAGAGCAUGUGGCGAUUUACAUUUUACCUUUAUAUAUUCACCUAUGGAGUUCGGUUCCUGAAAAAGACACCCUGGCUCUGGAAUACCAGACAGUGCUGGAACGGGUAUCCAAAUCAGCCACUGACACCUGAUAUUCAUUAUUACUACUUAGUUGAAUUGUCAUUCUACUGGUCCUUAAUGUUUUCUCAAUUUGUUGAUGUCAGAAGAAAGGAUUUUGUCAUCAUGUUUACACACCAUGUUGUAACAGUCAUCCUGAUAACCUUCUCAUAUAUAACCAAUUUGACACGAGUGGGAACCUUGACCUUGUGCCUCCAUGACAUGGCUGAUAUUGUCCUAGAGGCUGCCAAAAUGGCAAACUACCGCAAGUGUCAAAAACUGAGUGACCUUUUGUUCCUUUCGUUUGCCAUUGUCUUCAUUGUCAGUAGGCUUGGCAUAUAUCCUUUAUGGAUAUUAAACACAACGUUGUUUGAACUAUAUGAAGCUCUGGGCAAUUAUCCUGCCUGGUGGGUCUUAAACAUGAUGCUUGCACUUCUUCAAGUUCUACACUGUUUUUGGUCCUAUCUAAUCAUAAAGGCAGCCUAUAAAGCUAUUUCAAAGGGCAAGGCUGGGAAGUGGAACCCUUUGCAUGUUGCAAAGGAUGACCGAAGUGACAUUGAGUCAAGCUCAGACGACGAAGACACAGGGUCUCGUUCAAAGAUGCCACACAGCACUGCCACCGCCAAUGGGACUGGCGGCGCCAGUGGGACAAAUGGGUAUCUUACGGGUGGCGCUUGCUCAGAGGAGCACUAAUCCUUGAGUUUAGUCACGAGAGAUGAACAGAAUGAACUGUUUGCUACUGGAAGUGAAUUAUAAAUUGUGAAUGCAGUUUCUUCAUAUAUCACAGCAUCAGAAAAAGUUAGGAUUAUCAAAGCAUUCUGAUAGUGCACUGCCAUAUUCCCUGUUUGUGAAUGAAGAAGACACACCAUUCUGUAUACGUAGGCGCAUGCUGUAUGUAUAUAACUGACACAAUGGGAGCAGUAUUUUCAUUUUUACUGUCUUUAAAAUAUUAUUUAUUUUGUAUAUUUUCUGGGAACUUUUGGACGAAAGGGAAUAUCCUUGCUCCAACUUUAGCUCUUUGGAUUCUCAGUGGUGGGGAGCAUCAUGCUCAGACCUCUUCUGUCCAUCUCUGUUGCUUUUUCUGAGUCUGCUAUAAGUAGUAGUUGCUUGAUUUAUUACUUACAGUAAGGUAGAACAUAGCUUUACAGAUUCUAGCUUGCUUCAGAUAUUUUUGCUAUCUUUGUGUUUAAAGUGCUGGUUUUGAAAUUGCCUAUCAAAUCACAGUGGCUGUUUCUCCAACAUAAAGUUUUAAAACACUGGAUUGGUAUUUUAAAUUGUAGCUAAUGUGAUCAGUUAGCAAUUGAAAGAAAGAAAACCUGUGGUAAUUGUGGGACACUAUUUUAGCAUAAUUUGAAAUUCAAUUUGGUGGUUAAUUGCAUUAGAAGUAGACUUGAUUGGUUGUGCAAAUAUGCAAAUGCAUAAUAAUGUCAACA